AUGGCCUCAUCUUCCCAACCCGUCAUCGUGGUCGGCGCCAGCCUAGUCGGGCUGUCCGCAGCCCUAUGCUUGGCCUCGCAACAAGUGCCAACCAUCGUCCUGGAAAAGCACGGGGGGGCCUUCAUACACCCCCGCGCCAUUGGAUUCACGGCUCGGACAAUUGAAAUCUUCCAGUCUCUGGGCCUCGACAAAUUGGACCCCAUUCCUGAGGAUUUCUCCCUCACGCGAGCGAAGGUUGAGAGCUUGACGGGCCAAUGGUUCGAACAUACUUCCUGGUCUGAUACAGACAAACAGCAAAAAUACAACAAAAAGGACAGCAGCGGAGACCAAAAGCCAUCAUCGCCCAGCCCCAAGAAAGAAUACUCGGCUAAUCGUGGCUCGGCGAUUCCGCAGGAUCAGCUGGAACCGAUGCUCGAAGCGCUGGCUCGCGAGCGCGGAGCAGAUAUCAGGCGCCAGCAAAGGGUUGUCAGUGUUGGGCAAGACCAAAAUGGGGUUGUGGUUACAGUGCUGGAUGCCAAGGGCCAGCAGCACCAAGUCCGAGGCUCAUAUCUCAUCGCGGCGGACGGAAACCGAAGUACCGUGCGCGAGCUGCUUCAGAUCCCGCGACAGGGCCGCGGCUCCAUGCAGAACAUUCACAGUGUUCUCUUCCACGCGCCACUGAAAGAAUAUACUCGAGGAAUCGUUCAAUUCGAUAUCAACCAGCCAGGUCUCAGCGCCUUCCUGACUUCAUAUAAUGACGGACGCUGGGCACUGAUGUUCCGCGACGACGUGGAGCGCGACGAGGAUGCCCUCCAAUCAGCAAUCCACAGUGCCAUUGGGAGAACCGAUAUCCCCAUUGAAAUCAUCACGACUGGCCGGUGGGAACUCACUGCCCUCGUGGCUGACACCUUCCAGGCGGGCCGCAUCUUCCUCGCCGGCGAUGCGGCACACACUCUCCCGCCGAACCGCGGCGGAUACGGUGCCAAUACGGGCAUCCACGACGUACACAAUUUGGCGUGGAAACUCGCUGCUGUUCUGUCUGGUAGAUCGGCGCCGGAGCUGCUGGAUACUUAUGAUGCGGAGCGUCGUCCUGUGGCGCUGCUUCGCCAUGAUCAAAUCUUUGUGCGCGCAGACUAUAAAGUCUAUAAUAAUUGCUCACCUGGAUCUGGGGCUGAGAUGAUCGACGAUGAUGCUAUGGAGUUUGGGCAGCUCUAUGCGUCGAGUGGAUUUGUUGGUGUGGACGACACUUUGCCGCGGGCGAAGAAGCCUGAUGAAUGGGCUGGCCAGCCAGGUACCCAUCUGCCACAUAUCUGGGUUACCAGGGACGGUGACAAGCUUCCUCUGUUGAAGGUUGUUGGGCAGGGUUCGUGGACUUUGGUUUUGGCGGUAGAGGAAUGGAUGCAUAUUGUUUCUGGGGUCAAUAAGAGGUCCUCCAUUCCGAUAAAAUCGGUUUGUAUUGGCCGUGAUGUACAACCUAUGCAGCAGGAGGACUUCUGUCAAUCAUUUGGCGUGUCCGCGACAGGCGCUGCGCUCAUUCGACCAGACGGAUAUAUCACAUGGAGGACACCAGAUCUCCCGUCGAACGGGGGGACGCUUCUCGACGACGUCUUGUCCCAAGUCGCGUUUCGGACUUGA